AGACCAGGAGGAGUGGAGAACAGAACGGAGAGCUUUAAAUUGCCUUUCAACACAGACACGCGGAAUGCCAAGCUACUAUGCAAAAGGCGAUGCUGGAUACGAAAAUGGAGAGAAAUGCCCUUACCGGUCGUUUCAGAAAUAAUAAUAUAGCACGCGCCCUUUAUAAAAGUAACUGAUAUCGCAUAAAAACAGGGAAACGGAACGGGGGAGAGAGCAGCGGCGAACUAUGCACUGAGGAUGAUUUCUGCCAGAAAAACUCCGGAGAAGAGGCGCUACCACCUGCAUUAUCUGGUGUGGCAUAACAAACACCGGCAGCUGGAGAAAGAGCUCUCAGCGCGCGAACAGGUUGAUUUAGAAGUGUUGGACCCACGGGGUCGGACUCCUUUGCACCUGGCCGUCACACUAGGCCAUUUCGAGUGCGCCCAUCUGCUAGUCCAGCAUGGAGCCGAUGUCAGCAAAGAAAACAGAAAUGGCUGGACAGUGUUGCAGGAGGCCAUCAGCACACGUAACCCAGAGAUGGUGCGGUUGGUGCUGCGUUACCGUGACUACCAGCGCAACACUAAGAGACUGGCGGGGAUCCCGCACCUGCUAGAGAGACUCCGACAGGUGCAGGACUUUUACGUGGAGAUGAAAUGGGAGUUUACGAGUUGGGUUCCUCUCGUGUCUCGUAUCUGUCCGAGUGACACAUAUCGGGUAUGGAAGAGCGGUCAGUGUUUGCGGGUGGACACGACGCUCAUGGGAUUUGAGCAAAUGACCUGGCAAAGAGGCAAUCGCAGCUUCAUAUUCAGGGGUCAAGAAUCCAGCGCUAUGGUAAUGGAAGUGGAUCAUGACAGACAGCUGGUGUUUUGUGAGACGCUGCCGUGCCUCUCUUCCUCUCCCGCCUCACCCUCCACCAGGCCGUGCACAACUGCUUUGAGCCUUCUGGGGGCGCUGCAACCCAGCGACGAACAGGUGGCGGCCCGUCUAUCCACUCCGGUGGUGGCCACACAGCUAGACACAAGGAACAUCUCCUUUGAGAGGAAUAAAACGGGCAUUCUUGGCUGGCGUAGUGAGAAAACGGAGGUGGUGAAUGGGUACGAAGCAAAGGUUUACUGUGCUUCUAAUGUUGAGCUAAUCACACGAACACGUACUGACCAUCUCACCGGCCAGCACAAAACAAAACCCAAAGGCAGCAAGACUCCUCUACAGUCCUUCCUGGGUAUCGCUGAACAGCACAUAGGGCCUAACAACGGACAAACUAUGGUGACUCAGAUAUCAUGCCCUGCAACGAACCCUUUGGCCGUGACGGCUGAGGAGUACUUUAGUCCCAACAUGAGUCAGAGAGACAUCGGCCAGCCCUGUCACCUCACCACCAAAACACAAAGGUUCAAAGCCAAGAUGUGGUUGUGUGAAUCACACCCUUUAUCUCUGUUGGAGCAGGUAGCUCCUAUCAUCGACCUCAUGGCCAUCUCCAACACACUGUUCGCCAAGCUUAGGGACUUCAUCACCUUACGCCUACCUCCUGGCUUCCCUGUCAAGAUAGAAAUUCCCAUCUACCACAUCCUGAAUGCUCGCAUCACCUUUGGGAACCUGAAUGGUUGCGAAGAGGGUGGUUUGCCCCGAGUGGAUGCUGAAGGGGAUGGACAGAAGGACAGUCCCAGGACGGAGACGCCUUCUCCAGGCAGCGACUCUUCCAGCGUGUCCAGCUCCAGCUCCACACACUCAUGUCGUGGAGGAGAGAUCCCACCUUGUGUGUUUGAGGCUCCGCGAGGCUACAGCAUUUUAAGAGGGAACCAGCGGGAGAACAUUAGAGAAGAGGAAGAUGAUCUGCUACAGUACGCCAUCCAGCAGAGCCUGAUAGAGGCUGGAUCAGAAUAUGACCAGGUGACAAUCUGGGAGGCUUUGACCAACAGUAAACCAGGAGCACACCCUCUGUCCUGUGACCCCAGCCGGCACGAAAGAACCCCACAGCACAAACCCAGCCCCGUGGAGAGCCCUCGCAGCACACCGACCAAUAAACCACCGCACAGCUACGACGAGCAGCUGCGUCUAGCCAUGGCGCUGUCCGCCCGUGAACAGGAAGAGGUGGAGCUACGUCAAAGACGAGAGGAAGAGGAACUGCAGCGUAUCAUACAGCUGUCACUCAUGGAGAAGUGAUAGGGCUAGUGGGAACCGAGGGGUGGGAGAGCAUGUCUAGGGACCUGGAACUAUGAUUGGCUGCUCCCAAAUGCCCCACCCCCUUCUUCCAAAGAACUGGAUAAAAUGGACCACUCUAUGGUCCCAUCUGAGUCGUUCAGAAUCACAGAGAAACCUCUGUCUUCACUGCAAGUUUACAAACACAAAGUACCAAACUCAUGGCAAGCCACUGACUGAUCAGCACCAGUCUGGUCUCCUAAUGUGUGAAUGUGCAUUUAUGACUGAGACAGUCCACGCUGCGUAUCUUGGCGUCGUUUCAAAAAGCCAUCAUCUGAGCACUUGCCCAGAGUUCUCACAGACUCACCCAUAGGUAUGAGUUCUGGGGGAUUCUUGUCACUUUUUUCAGUUUUAUGUUUUGAACGUAAAGAACUUUAAUUUGGUUGUUAAUACACUUCAGAUUUCCUGCACUUGGAUUGAGGAGCCAUUAUGUCUCCUAAUAGAAAGAGAGAGGGCGCUUACACACAAAAGUUCAUGCUGCAACUCCAUCAGUCUUGAUGGGAAUGCUGCAUUCAAAAAACAUACAAAGAUUUGCAAAAGUGGCACUUCCAUUAUACAACCAAAGUUGUUUAAUUACAACUUUUGGUUAAUGUCAUUGCGUUAAUCGCUGCACUUUGAGGAUCUCAGACAGGAGGGUCUUCAAAAAAUUUAUUUUGAUGUAUUCCAAUUUGAUUCCGAAACUAAAGACCUGUUCACACUAGCGUGAAUGUUCAGCAUGAAAAUUUGUCUGUUCAGACCAAUGCAAAAAAAAGAUGCGUUAAAUGAAAAUGAAAGUAGGUGGUGAUUAUGGAAAAGCAGAAAUAACCGGGUACAGGGGAGCAGUGAUGCGUAAUUUUGAAUUUUCGACAACUGCCUGUCAUGGAAGUUUUAGAGACGGUGCUCGCUGCUUGGCGUCAAGCUCCACCACUCUGGGUGUAAUGGGUGGGACUUUAAAGUCUAACCACACCCUAACCCUAACCAUAACUAGGUCGAGCUCCACCCAUUUGACCCUGCAGUGACCACCGCUUGGAGAUUUGUGCAACAGCAGUGGCCCCAGGCACAUUACCUAAAGCGUGAAUCUUGGUUGGCCAUAGUAGCAUGAUGGAAAAGAGAUUAGAAUAUCUCUCUUUAAAUAUAUACAUACAUAUAUAUAUAUAUAUAUAUAUAUAUAUAUAGGAUAUUAACAGCCAUUUGCUCACAGUCAAAUUUCUUUCUAACCCUAAAAACGGAUUUGGCGCAAUCCUGUCCGUACACUUUUUCUAGUGUGUAAGCACCCUAGUGACCACCAAACUGCGUUAUGACAGAAGGUUGGCAGCAACCCUCUGUGCACUGUUAACUGCAUGAUUUUUAAUUAUUAGCCAGAUUGAUAAUUCAAACACUGGAGAAAUUAUUGUACGUUAAUGGU